CAUGCCAUGCAUUGAUUCACUGCCAAGCUUUGCACUUUGAAGCACUUCGUCUCCUUCACACCUUCAUCCAAUGCAGCAUGAACACCACCGCGUGCCCUUGACGGCGUUGGCCUGCUGGGGUCGAAAGGUCGUUCUCGCUGGAUCGGGCAGCUGCCUGCUGGCCUACGACACAGCCGACCAGACUUUACUCAAGUCCAUCUCGAUUUUCGAAGGCCAGGCCAUACAUGGCAUUGUCACCCCUGACAAUGGCAAUGAUGAUCUUGUCAUCGUAUGGGGCGGACAGUUGCUCCGAGCAUUGAGACUUCAUUCGGACCAGGAUGGCUCCCAGCUCCACUAUGAGGCAGGACCAAUUGCCCGCGUCGACGACUGGAUUCUGGACGCUAUGAUAUCCCCACUGGAUGCCAACAGGGUUGCCAUCGUCACGGCACACAAUGCGCUGAGCAUAGCAAGUACGCAUCCACAGUCACUGUCUCUCGACAUACGUGAAGCAGUACCUGGAUCCAAUUGCAUCCUGUACUGUGCACAGGUCACAUGGCUAAGUCCUUCUUCUUGUCUCAUUACUUCGGGCACUGCUUUCGGCGAUAUCAUAGUGUGGUCGUGUCAACUUGCAGAGCAUGAGGCUCAGCUCGAAGCAGCACAUCAAGUCCAUUACUCAUUCCCAGCACAUGACGGUUCUGUGUUCGGCGUGCAGAUACUCCCGAGCGGGUCAACGAACGUCAAAGGUGAGCCGCAGAGAAUACUGGCAAGCUGCAGUGACGACCGAACUAUUCGACUGUGGGAUGUCUCAGACCUGUCAAUACGAAUCGAGACAAACGAUACGGACCUGCGCGAGACUGGAUUUGGCUCUGUCCAGAGUACCAGCGCAAUCAAGCCGGCAUGCUUGGCGAGUGCAAUGGGACAUAUUUCCAGAAUAUGGCAUGUGCGCUUCGUUGGAGCCGGUAGCACUGUUCGUCUGCUGUCCUUUGGAGAAGAUGCUACAUGUAUCACGUGGAGCCUGACCAGGAGUGAAGGCUCGAUCGCUUUGCGGCAAAUCAAGGUAGAGAAAGCUCACAAUGGCAAGAACAUAUGGGCAGUAGCCAUUCGAAGAUGCUCUAAAUCAAAUGACGAUAUUACUCAGACGGAGGACGUACUUACUGGUGGUGCAGAUGGGUCGAUUUCUAUUCGUAAUGUCGAAUUCAAUGCCCAUGGAAAUAUUCUCGAUUCGAAGGAACAUCAGUCUACAAAAACAGCAGUCCGCUAUCGAUCAUACGGUUUCGUGGCACCGCGCAAUGUUAUUGCAAUAACGGACAACGGUGAAGUGGUUUCACUGAAGCUGGACACAACAAGAAGGACAAUGCACAGUGAUCAAGUCGGUUCACCGGCCAGUCAGCUUCGUGGCUAUUCAAUAAUGGCUGCCAUUCACGGAGUUGCUUUCUUUGCUGGAAGAGGCGAAGUUUAUUACCACUUGGCUGGAACUUCUCGUUAUCAAACCCUCGUUGACGUUGGUGAGAAGGUUGCAGGACUAUUUGCGCAUCAUGGUAAUGUCACUCAUCUCAGUAGGGAAACGACCGCGGGAUGCACACUUUUAGUCACGACAGUGAGGUCCAGGUCUGCUUAUUGGUAUAAUUGUCAAACAAAGGACAAUUGUACACUCGAGAUCAUGUCCUCGUGGGCACUGGCACUGCCGGAAGGAUUUGUGGUCACAAGUUUUGCAGAAUUUACCCAGGACGACGAUGAGUUCGUCACACUCGGCUCAAGAAGUGGUUGCAUAGCUGUUUACGAUCUGCGCCCUCGAGACGAAGAAUCUGGCCCAAUAUCCAACGUAGGCCACUUCCCUACCGUGCAUGGUGUCGAAGCUGUCACUUCCUUACGAUACUUCAUGGGCAUGCUACUCUCGACUGGGCGUGAUGGAACCUUCGCCGCACACAAACUGGACAUCUCAGGUCCACAAAGUCACUCGAGCGCUGAUCAGAGUAUGAGUCUAAUCACUGUGCAUCAGCUGGCCCUCCCUCUUGGACCAAACGUUGAAGAUUUCUCCGUUGUGCAUUCGAACAGUAUCUGGGUCUGGGGAUUCAGAGGCAAACAUUUUGUUGUCUUCGACGUUACGACACAGCAAGAGAUCAUGGUCGUCGAAUGUGGUGGAGCGCAUCGCAACUUUGCCUUUGAUCCCGACACUUAUGGCGGCACCUUCAUCUGGACCAAAACCUCAGAGAUCUACUUCCAAAGCCAGAAUCGCCUCGCAUCUAGCUCGCUUCAUGCCGGUGGGCAUGGACGGGAAAUCAAAGCCAGCGCAGUGUCACCUGUCGAUCCCGAGCUGGUAGCGACGGGCGCAGAGGACACUGACAUCAAGCUGCAACUGCACGUGAACGGUACCUGGCGCUGUCUUCACACUCUGCAAAAACACAUUACAGGUAUCCAGCAUCUCCAAUGGUCUUCAGAGGGCGACUAUCUCUUCUCUAGCGGGGGCGUCGAAGAGUUUUAUGUGUGGAAAGUUACUCACAACCUUCCGCUGGUAAGAAUUGGCGUGGUCUGCGAGUCUGCGCACCCUCAGUGCAACCUUUCGGAUCUACGAAUCAUGAACUUCGAAGCAAAAGCCCGUGACUCUGGUUACGAGAUCACAAUGGUAUACUCCAACUCCAAUCUGCAAAAAUGGCAUUACUGGAACAAGUCAUGGACGCUGUUAGGCUCUGGCGAUUACCUCACCUCAUGUUUGACGCAGUGCCUCCGGAUGAAUGCAGUUUCCUUGAAUCUAGAGAAUGCAUCAACGAUACAUCAGGCUCGAUCCUGCCUCUUCACAGCCAGUACAGAUGGACACCUAGUUCAAUGGAACAGAGACCAUUCCGGCCAGCGUGAUUUGACCUGGCAAACACGGCACAAGGUCCAUCAGAGCGCAGUAUUGAGUCUGAUCCCUGUCGACCUCUCAUCCGGUGCUGGCGACAACCUCCUGUUGAUUUCAGGCGGAGACGACAAUGCCUUGGGUCUGACAAGAAUCACGUUCAACUCUCAAUCGAGCAAGCCGACAAUGGCAACUCUUCUCGUGCCUCGUGCUCACGCGGCAGCUAUCACUGCACUGGCAGUCGUACGCAAUGUCGGUGACAAAAUAUGGCUGUUGAGCGCCAGCAUCGAUCAACGUAUCAAGUUAUGGAAGGUUGUCAUCAAAGACGGCUCUGGAGUUGAUGGCAUUGAGAUUACACUCGCGAAGAAUGUGCAUUCUGCGGUUGCGGAUGCAUCUUCGAUGGAGCUCGUUGGGCAGAACAGAGUCUUGAUCUGUGGUGUGGGUAUGGAUAUGUGGAAAAUUGAUCUUGACAGCCUUUGAACAGCAUGUAUGCUCAUUGAUUUGACCAAUUCCUUUCCACUCCCUUGAGUCCGACUACGCAUCGCAUCUUCGGACACAAGAGUAUUUGGUCAAACCCAAAGAGCCAGAAAUAGCAACUCAUGAGGCUUACAGGAUGUGCUGUGCUUCGAUACUAGUACUUCCAUAACCUUUGAUCCAGCGUUUGAUCUAAAGUUUCCACGUCGC